GCCUUUUUCUUUCGGAUGGGUUCCAUUGAUGAUGACUGUUCACCACUGUCCUGUAGUGGUAGAAAGAUUUGACGGGGCAUACAUGUACACCGACACAGACAGUUAACGUCAUAAAUUCGUGUCAUGAAGCCUUACAUGGCUAUACUUACAUAAUUACAUUUUGAGAUGGCCUCCUACAAGACAAUUUUGGAAGAGAAGGAUAAUCAGAACUGGUUAAAGUCCUCCCUUGCCCUUCGUAUUACCAAGUCCGGUCUACGGGAUCUUUCUGAGGAUGGUAGCAGUCGAACACAACGAAAUCUACUCUCAUUAACACAACAGGCAAACAAACUUAGUCCAGGGACAACAUGCGAUCAGUGUGUGACAGAAAACCUCUUCCAAUGUCCUACCAAGGGAUUAUGUUCACAUCCACGGAAUUGCAAAUUUCACGAUUCUCCAAGCAAAAUGCAGCGGUCAUGCCUGUCUCACAUAUGCGGAGAUUUCAAGAACGAGGUAAUAAAAGUUCAUCGGUUUAGUAAACCUUCCUGGAAAAACACUCGGGCUGAAUUGUGGUGUACCAACCACUGGGAGGUGGCAAAGUGUUUCAUGGGAGAAGGAUACCAAGACGUAAAGUCUUUUGAUGAUACGGACUUCAAUGGUGUGAUUAGCUUGAUGUUGAAUUGCAAGGAACAUGAAUGCGAUUUCUCUUUUUCUGUCGCCACUGUUCCGAAUUUACUGACAGAGGCUCGUGAUGUUGGUCGAAAGGUCCGCCAUUCACCAGAUCUGAAUGUAUCCGACGCUGAAUUAGCACAGUAUUUCAACACAUUGACUGCACUCCUUUCUGAUCCACAAUACCUUGCAGUCGACACGAGUGCACAAGAGGCGCUGCAGAAACUUCACAAGCUCAACGCUGACAAUCUGCAUAUUUCAACGGAAGACGUCCAGGAAGUACUAGAAGAGGCUAGAUUGGUUGUGGAAACUGGGAGACUUCAGCUGGAAAGAACAGCUAGGGACGGAAUGAAUGAAGUAGUAAACCAAACUAAACAGUCCGUAUCACAAGUUGUCAAAGAGUCCAAAGUGUGUCAGCGUGAAAUAUACAGUCGCACAAAUGAAGGUCUGCAAGCACUGGAUAAGGCAGUAGAAGAGGCAGCUGGUAAACUCCAGACAGUUACCUUGAGUUCGAUUGCUGAACAAGAAGAAGAUCUUAGACAGCGUUUAGCGAAAUGUUAUCUCAAAUCCCUUCAUAGUGCGCCAAUAUCGCCAUUUGUCUCCGAAAAAGACGAGUUGCUUGAAAGGUUUUACGUCCCCCCAAAGAUAUUUGAAAAGGAAAAGAAAAGAAAUAAUACAGCCAAAGAUGAGAUGUUAAUGCCGGUUGAAUGUUAUAGAGACGUCUUCUGUAAAGAUGAUAAGUUUGUUGGAAGAGUUUUUCUUGUAGGUGAAGCGGGAAUGGGAAAAUCGACGUUCACCGCAAAGAUUGCUCUUGACUGGUCAAGACAAUGGAAAUUACCAAAGAAGGAAAUAGGACUUCCGAGAAAUAUUGAUGGCAAGCUAUUUCAAGAUGUUGAAACAUUGGAUCACAUUGAGUUUCUCUUUCAUGUUACUCUGAGAGAUGCUGGUAGAAUGUGCAGCUUGACUCAAAUGAUUAAAGAGCAGUUGAUACGUAGACUUUAUGAACCAGAUGAAACUAUAGAGGCUUUCAAAAUGGCAAAGUAUGUUCUGUCUAACAGAGCCUGUGUGAUAGUCGCAGACGGUUUGGACGAGUGGACCCAUCCUUUUGACCUUGAUUGCUCAUGCAAAGAAAACGACAAAGUAUUUCCAUUUCUGUCACCAAACAUUGACGCGACCGUUUUAAUUACCACCAGGCCUUGGAGAAUGGCCCAACAUCCUGUCAGCGACUCGGGGAUAGACAAGCUUUUAUGUAUUGAAGGAGCAGCUGACAAAGAUCAACUGGUUCAAAAUGUACUUCAAUGUCUGGAUGGAGAAUUAGAUCAGCAACUUAAUUUACAACAGUUUAUUUCUUACGUGGAGACCAGAGAUAUGGUCAGCUUAAUGUCAAUACCGAUCAUUGUGAUGAUGCUUGUGUGUUUGUGGUUUCAGGGGGAUGAUGUGACAUUUACCCUUUGUGACAUAUACGCCCAUAUGGUAGCCAUGAUGUUUAGAAAGACACAAUGUAUCGUUCCUGUUUGCCAGCGAAAUGUGUUACGUCUACCACGCUGCUUUCGUGAGGUCAAUCAGUUUUCAAAUAUACUCGUUAAACUGGCACAUUUAGCGUUUAGUAAGCUAUAUGCAUCAGAUCGCAGUGAGUCGUUAGUGUUCAGAGACGUUGCACAGUUGACAAGAGAAGAACUAGUGUGUCUUCUAAAGACCGGCGUCAUUCGGGAAACAAAAGCACAUUCCUUGAUCAAGAACAUGUCAAGUUUCUCUUUCAUUCACAAAACGGUUCAGGAGUUUCUUGCUGCCUUGCAUAUUUCAAUCCACCCUGAUGUUUUUGAACGCGUGGUCAAGCCGUAUUACGAUAUAAACCAGGAUAUAACGGAUUGCGAAAAGGUAUUUAAAUUUUUGUGCGGAAUGAACUGUGAUGUUGCUCAUCGAAUGUCCCAACUGUUGUGUGAUAACCUGUCAUGUACAAGGUACGAAAGAGUUGAAAAUCUAUGUAUAGUAGAAGAACUUCAAAACAUUAUUGUUUCCGGAUAUCAAGAAGCAUGCAACAACGGAAUGAAAUACAUUUCUUUAGUCCUAUUUGAUUUCUGGAUUCCCAACCACGUGAAUUACCUCUCAUCUUUGAUAGCCUUGCUAUCAAUGAACAAGUCUAAAGUGCGUUAUAUUUCUUUGUUUGAUUUCGAAGAAAAAACCUACGAGGGGGAGUUUCAAGAAGUGUUCUUCCUUUCUUCGAACACUCUCAUCGGGGUGCAACUGCUUAAUUGCAGAGGUCGAUAUGACUUAUCAGCAUGUACGCGUCUUAACUACCUUUUCAUUGCGGGAUGUCACCCCUCGGAUAUCAUGGUUAAUACUGAGUGUCUGAAGGAAUGCUAUUUAUUCGGUGCUCCAACAAAUGUGCAGGACGCAAUUUUUCAGUCAUUAAGGAAAGGAGCUAAGCAUUUGAAACGAUUGAUGAUGGUGAACAAGUACGACCCUAUUGGCAGUUUAUGUCAAACACUACCGUUGUUGACAGAAUUAGAAUUGUUAUAUAUACAGGGUUCAGCAUUCGAUGAUCGUCCCCUACUUCUCCCUGCCUCUGUAAACCAUAUAGAACUGUCACAAGUGAUCAUGGCAGCUAUGCCGUUUAAAAUGUUGAUGGAUUGGAUGGAAAGCAGCAACCAUAGUGUUAGAUGUCGCUUGUUAAACUGUUUCGUAUGGCCUUAUAGCCAAAUUGAAUUAGAGAAAUAUAUCAAAUCGAAAAGAAACUUAGUCAUAAUUGAUUCAGAUGAUUGGUUAGCACUGACUAGUCUGUCUGAUUAAAAGUGUUCCAAGGACAUGAGUGGCUGUUAUUUAUUUUGCCGAAAAGGAAUUAAAGUUUCAGAAAGGCCUGAGACUAUCAAGCUUUUAAAAAGGAGAAUUGUAAUAAUUUCUCUCUGAUAAAUCUUCAUAUCUUAAAUCCAUAUAUUGUAUGUAUUGUUUUUAAUUGUAUUCGUGACUGUUUGAAUGUGUCUUUGCACAUCACUUCAAACACACUUGUAAAGUCAUUCGGUUUAUUGUAAAUAAAAGUUAU